UCCUACCGAUUUUCUGUAAUGCAUUAUCGAUACUCUAUCGAUUGCUGAGUAGUGCAAAAAAAGUGGGCAAAAAAGGUGCAAUGUUUAGCGUUUAAGUGCGUUAAGUUGCUUUGCGGACGACAACAACAACACCAGCAACAUUGCCGGUCAAAUUGAUCUAAUUGAUUUUCGGGCAGCGCAACAGCAACUAAAACCAAUCCAACAAAUUAAUCCCUGCAUACAUAAACAUAUAAAACACACACAUACAUUCGCAUAAAGGACGCGAACCGAAAAGGGAAAAACAAACACAAAGGAAAAAAGGAAAAGGAGAGCGCAGCUUUUCCAGAAAUUGGGUCAUUUGUUGUUGUUGCUGUUGCUGGUGAUUUUCAAACGAAUUUCAUUUGUUGCUGUCGUCGUCGGUUCGGUGUUGUUGUUGUUGUUGUGAUGGUCGUGGACGUUGUUGUCGCUGACAGCUAAAUGUUAUGGCAACACUUGCAACCUGAAUUCGUGUGGUGAGGAGUGGAAAGCGAAAGGAUAAUAGGGAAGCGGAUACGAAGCCUUAUAUUUCCACCAGAAAAUCCUGGCACAAUUUAUGACAACUCUACACUUGUGUGUUUGUGUUGAGUGAGACAGCGGAGUAGCUUCAAAUCAAAGGAUACCACUGCAGCAGCCAUCCAGCCAGGAGCCUUAAAAACCCGAUUCGCAGACUAUAGACAAAUAAUACCACCAGAUUCCGUGCACAAUGAGCGUGGUGGGCAAGCAACUAAAUCCGGUGCAAUCCUCGGGUGCAGGGGCAGUGGCCACGUCCUCAUCCGCGGCCGCAGGAUCCUCUUCUUCGGGCAGUGGAGUGGAGGCCAACAGCGGCAGCGGAGGAUCGUCGGGAGCUGCCGCAGCGAGCGGUGGUGCCUCCGGUGACGCCAAACGUCCUGCGGAGACUUCCAGCGUGACUCCCGACGAGGUGCUGCACCUGACCAAGAUUACGGACGACUAUCUCUGCUCCGCAAAUGCAAAUGUGUUCGAGAUUGAUUUCACGCGGUUCAAGAUCCGCGACCUGGAGAGCGGCGCCGUGCUCUUCGAGAUCGCCAAGCCGCCGAGCGAACAAUAUCCGGAAGGACUGUCCGUGGAUGAAAACGUGCUGGCGGCAGCCGAGAAACUGACGCUGGAGGACACUGCCGAUCCAAAUGCCGGACGCUAUGUGCGCUAUCAGUUCACACCGGCAUUUCUCAACCUCAAAACAGUGGGAGCCACUGUGGAAUUCACUGUGGGCAGCCAGCCUCUUAAUAAUUUCCGUAUGAUCGAACGCCACUUCUUCCGCGAUCGCCUGCUAAAGACCUUUGACUUUGAGUUUGGCUUCUGCUUUCCAUUUUCGAAGAAUACGGUUGAGCACAUCUACGAGUUUCCUAACCUUCCACCCGACCUAGUUGCUGAAAUGAUAUCGAGCCCCUUUGAGACGCGCUCGGACAGCUUUUACUUUGUGGGAAACCGACUCGUCAUGCACAACAAAGCCGACUACGCCUACGACGGCGGCAAUAUAGUCUAGAAACCCAACUAUAAUGGAACUACAACUAGAGCAAAACUAAUAACUAAAGAACUAGAAACUAAAGAAGCUGUGAGACAAAAUCAAUGACUUGUCACACACACACACACAAAACACACACUCGAAACACCCACUCAAAGUCAACAAUCACACAACACAUCGAAUCGAAUCGCGGAAUAAUAUCACAGCCAUUUUAGCCUUAGCACACAAGAGUUUUACCCACCAUUCCUGUUUGAUGUAUUUAGCAAGGAUAGGAGCUCCUGCAAACGGCCACUUACACACAAACACAACAACACACACUGAAGCACGCGGAUUGUGUUCAUUUAUCAAUGAUUUCCACUUUGACUAUAUAAUUUUAAGUGCUAUGUGAUUUCCCCUGAUUUAUAUAUGUAUUUGUACACACUUAUUUAAUCCUAAUAAGUAAGGACACUCACACACACCCAACAAGGAAGAACAGAUACAUAUAUAAAAUACGUACGUAUACACACACACACACAGAACCUAAGAGAAGCGAAUUGAAAAUUUUCAAAAAAUUGAGGAAAAUCCAUUUGCCGUCAAUUUUUGUAUGCAGCAUACGAUCAUACGAAAUCUAUCAGCUUCUUCAUGGCAUUUUUUUCGUGUCUGUGUAUGUAUAUUUUUAAACAAAUACCAAACGAAAAAAGACGAACGUAACUGGAAAUCUAAAAAAUGUAACGAUUACACGCCGAACAAGAAUGAUAAAUUAAAUUACAUUUUAAAUGUACAUACACCACUAUAAA